GCAUGCGCAGUACCAUCAACUAUUUUCAUCCAGUGCGGCAGGAAAACCCGCAGCGGCGGCAGGCGGGGAGAAGAGGAAACGGGGGAGGGAGAGAUGGUGGAGGGGAAAGGAUAAAGGAUACAGAAAGGAAUAGAGGGAUGGGAGGAGUAGCGGCCCAUGGAAUAAUCUAAGGAGGAGGAGUCGUUCGGCUAAUAGAGCGCUGUCAGGGCCUGGGAACCGAUGUCUCCUUUCAAUCCCGAAAUCCCUUUUGGAAAUUUCCUGUAAUCACGUUCGAGGUAUCGGGGCAGCGGCACCCACGGCGGAAUGCAGCCUUCGUCACCCUAGCGAUUGCUACCCAGUGGCGCUGCCAGCGGUCACAUAGUUGCGGUGACAGCGGACACCCGAGUUAGGUUGUAGCGAAUGGUAUAGGCGGGAUGCGUGGCAGGUCACUGUAAGCUCUGCCGCUGUGUCUAAUAAAUAGGAUGAAGAGAGAGGAAAAUAACUCUGAAUAAGCCCUAACCGUUAGGAACAGCAGAGGAAUUCCCGCUGUCACUGAUUUAUAGACAAUCUCUGGCUGCUGCUACUCCUACUAUGGCUUUGCCAGCAAACUAUUCCGCUUGGCAGCAGCAUCUGCCCAACAGCACCAGGCGUCCUGCUUCUUCCACUUCUUCCCAUUAACAGAUCGCACUUGGAGGUCAUUACUACAAAGGGAUCGCUGGUCGCAUCUCUGUGUGUUGUGUCCACUUCUGCAUUGUGCAAUCUAUUUUAUUUGUCAUUGGAAAGUAUGAUUACUGUGUGAGCAACAAGGAUUCAUUCCUAAUCACCUGUGAACAUUUACUUCUUGGGGACAAUCAGGAUCUAGCCCCCCCCCUGCAGUGAUGAUCAUCACGAUUUACAGAUUGAUCUGAAGUCUGGGUGAUAUUGGGAACACUACAAUAUUAACACUAAAAGUGUGAGAAAACAAGGACGCCACCCCAACUGAGCCUUUAUGGGCAUUUAUAUAUUCUAGAUGAGCUGGCUGAAUCAACACUAACAUUUGGCACUGACAACUAUGUAUACUACGUCGUUCUUGUUAUAUAAUUGAAUUCACUGAUGUCCAGUGUGCUCGUCUACUACCAUUCAUUGAGAUUUAGCAUCAACCUCAACCCACUGGACUUUCAUGUAAGCAGAAGUCAUAACAGAAAGAUCAUUUUGGGUUAGACAAAUCCCGUAUUGUUCUCUGUGGUAACUACAGAAAAAGCAUAUCACAACUGACAGGAUUUAGGAUCUGAAACAUGUAAGGGUUGAAGACCAGAAGAAUCAUAACCAUGGUGGACAUUGCUGAAGGAGGUCAGGAGGUGAAGAGGACCUUUAUUGUCCCAGCCAUCAAGCCUUUUGACCACUAUGAUUUUAAUAGAGCGAAAGCAGCCUGCAAUCUGGCAUGGCUGGUGGCCAAAGCCUAUGGAGCAGAAAAUGUCCCCAAGGAGCUCCAGGAGCCAUUUUAUACUGACCAGUAUGAUCAAGAGCACACGAAACCUCCUGUUGUGAACCUGCUGAUAUCUGCGGAUUUGUACUGCCGGGCCGGAAGUUUGAUCUUAAAAAGUGACACAGCCAAACCUUUGCUGGGACAUGAUGCUGUUAUUCAAGCCCUGGCACAGCGGGGACUCUAUGUCACUGACCAUGAGAAACUGGUGACAGAGAGGGACUUAAGGAAAAAGCCUAUCCAAAUGAGUGCUCAUCUUGCAAUGAUUGACACAUUGAUGAUGGCUUACACAGUAGAGAUGGUCAGCAUUGAGAAGGUCAUUGCCUGUGUGCAAAAGUAUUCUCCCUUCUUCCAAGCUGCUGACAUGCCUUAUGAUAUUGAGGAUGCUGUCAUGUACUGGAUCAACAAGGUGAAUGGACAUCUGAAAGGCAUUCUAGAGCAGGAGCAAAGAUUGAAAAUGCAACAGAACCUAGAUCCCAACACUACACAGAAGUCUACUUCCAAAUGGUUUUGGAAACUGGUCCCUGCCCGGUACAGAAAAGAACAGAAUUUAUUCAAACAGCUUCCCUGUAUCUCACUCAUGGAAAACAUCCUUAAAGAUGGAACUGAUGGCUGUGCAAUAUCUGCCCUUAUUCACUUUUACUGCCCUGAGGUUAUCCGGUUGGAAGAUAUUUGCUUUAAGGAGUCCAUGUCCUUAGCAGACAGUCUGUAUAACCUGCAGAUGAUACAGGAAUUCUGCCAGGAGUACCUGAAUGGAUGCUGCCAUUUUACCCUAGAAGACAUGCUGUAUGCAUCAUCCUCGGUUAAGACCAAUUACUUGGUGUUCAUGGCUGAAUUGUUCUGGUGGUUUGAAGUGGUGAAGCCCUCAUUUGUUCAACCACGAGUUCUCAAUCCAAAUGCUGCAGUGAUCAAAGGGAAGAGUCCCAACUCAGCUCCACAUCUGAACAGAAGAAACACCAUAGGGGCCUCAAGUAAUCCCAGAAUCCGACAGCCUAUGUCUGAAUCCCCAGGAUCCGCUGUUAUUCGAAGGUCAUCAUCUAUGUCAUAUGUAGAUGGUCAAGUUGGGACAUGGCCUAAGGAGAAAAGAUCAUCUGUCCAUGGGGUUUCCUUUGACAUUUCGUUUGAUAAAGAAGAUGGGAUGCAAGUUACAACUCCAAGCAGACCAAUAAGGAGAUCUAUAAGUAAUGAGGGCUUUUCCCUCAACUUGGCCCGUGUGCCCAAGCACAUCCGUAAGAACCUAUCCUUCCAGCCUAUAAAUGGGCAGGGCAUCGAUGAAGAAUGGAGACAGAUGUUGCCAAACCAUAAUGUGACCUCUACUACAAGCGAUCAGUGGGACUCAGAUGAUGGAGAACAAUACAAGCGACACAAUGGCCCUGUUGAUAACACAAUCGAUAUUGAUGAACUUGACAGUCCGAUAGAAGCCCCUACUAUCGAAGAAGCUCUGAAUAUUAUUCAUAACCCAGGGAAGACAUCUUUCAUUGGAAAUCAAACAAACAAUGGGUUUUUCCUUCACAACCAUAUCAAUUUGGGUCUGCCACAGCCUGGUCUUGCAGAAGCUAACUUUGACCUCUUUGAGGAGACAAAAGGUACUCAAAGCCCAGUCACUGAUAAUACUGAAGUAGAUACUGGAAUCCAUGUUCCAUCAGAAGAUAUCCCAUUAACUAUGGAUGAAGACUCUUCCUUGAAAGACUAUACUGUUAGCUUAGAUUCUGACAUAGAGGACCAUUUAAAAAUUCACCAAGAAUAUGGCUGCCAGGUAGGCAAUAUUAGAGAGUCUGUUAGCCCUUGCCCAAGUUCAGUGGGUGGAAAAUCCCAAGCAGGAAGUACAGCAUCUUCUAGCUCUGGUAUAAAAAUGACCAGCUUUGCUGAGCAGAAGUUCAGAAAGUUAAACCAUGGUGAUGGUAGGAGUAGUGGAAGCAGCUCCCAGAAGACUACACCAGAGGGAUCUGAGCUAAAUAUUCCUCAUGUGGUAGCAUUUGGCCAAACACCAGAUGACAAUACUCUUCUACAAGGGAGGGACACCACACAGCUGUUGGCUUCAGAGGUGGUGCAAUUGAGGAUGAAACUGGAGGAAAAAAGAAGAGCCAUUGAGGCACAGAAGAAGAAAGUAGAGGCAGCCUUUACUCGUCAAAGGCAAAAGAUGGGCAGAACUGCAUUCCUUACUGUGGUGAAGAAGAAGGGAGAUAUAAUAUCACCUCUUCGAGAAGAACCUGCUGGUGGGGAAAGUGUUAAAGCAGCUGUUGAAAGUGAUGGUGCCCAUUUUGUAGACAAUCCAAAUGUAAACUCAAAGGUAGACCAAAAUCAAGCAAGAUGGCUAACAUCUCCCACAACACCAGGAGAUUCUGAAAAGUCUUGGAAUUUAAUAAGUCCUAGUGAAGAAAACAUGGGAGAAGGAGAGAUAUUGGAAUAUACAAAGUCCAUUGAGAAGCUGAAUUAUUCUUUGAAUUUUCUCCAGCAAGAAAUGCAGCGUUUGGCCCUGCAGCAGGAUAUGUUGAUGCAAAUGAGGGAAAAACAGUCAUGGGUCAUCUCACCACCCCAGCCCUCUCCACAAAAGCAGUUGCCACCACGAGACACAACAAAGCAAGUAACAAAGCCCUCUGUGACUUGGUCUCCAGCUCCUUGUUUCGCGAUUGAAUCCCCUCGUUCAGCACAUAUGUCACCACAACUGUCAGCAAAAAAGACUGUCUCAUUUCCAGCUAAAACACCGAGAAUUCCUCGUCCCAAUGAUCUUAAAAUUGCACCUUUAAAUCGAACAUUGACUCCUCCUCAGUCUGUGGAUAGUCUUCCCCGCCUUAGGCGGUUCUCCCCUAGCCAGACUCAGACAAGGUCAUUUGUAUGUUUUGGAGAUGAUCGAAAACCAGCUACAGAUUAUCAAAAGGCAAAGGAGUCAUAUCUUGCAGGUGAAGUACCUUCACAAGUUGAGUACAGAUCAGAUGAGUAUCCGGAGAAGGAAAAGUCAAAUGUGAUUUCUGAUAAACGUACUGAAGUGGAAAUCAGACCCAUUGAAUCCACUGUGUCUGAGGUGCUGUCUCAACCCAUUAUAGAAACUGUGUGUGUCACACCCAAUGAUGAUCAGUUCAGCCAUCGAAGUCUGUGUGCCUCCAAAAAUGGUAGUCUUAUUGAAGUCCCACUUUCUAAGCUGCAGCCCCCAGAUGUUGCACUUGAGAAAAAUGAAUUGGAACCUGAUAAGGAGCAGAACAGCGAGGACCAGAAAGUUUGCUGUGGUUUCUUCUUCAAGGAUGACCGCCAGGAGGAAAAUGACAUGGCUGCAAAACGAGCAGCUUUGCUGGAGAAGAGACUUCGCAGGGAGAGAGAGGUUCAGCAACGAAAGCAGGAGCAAGAAGAAGAGUUAGAAUACAAGAAGGAGGAAGCCAGGCGUAAAUCAGAAGAAGAACGUAGUAAGAAGGAAGAUGAGAAGGCACGAAGAGAGUUUAUCAAACAGGAGUACCUGCGCAGGAAGCAGCUCAAACUUAUGGCAGAUAUGGACUCCAUUAUAAAACCCAGAGCCAACCAUGGCAAGCCAAGAAAACCUCGGCCCAAAUCUAUCCAUAGAGACCAUCAACUAGAGUCUCCUAGAACCCCCAUGAGAGCUCCUCCAGUUUCCAGUCUGUCUUUGGCGUCUCUUAACACAGGUGACAAUGAAAGUGUGCAUUCUGGGAAAAGAACACCAAGUCCUUUUAGGUCGGAAUCAGUGGAAGGAUAUCUCUCUCCUGGUCGCUGUGGAAGUCGUAAUGGUGAAAAAGAUUGGGAAAAUGCCUCUACUACUUCUUCAGUGGCUUCUGCAACAGAGUACACAGAUAUUGGCUCCAGGAUUGGGCACUAUAUUCUAGGACCAAAACUUUACAAGGAGCCAAGUGCUAAAUCUAACAAAUACAUUAUCCAGAAUGCUCUCUCUCACUGCUGUUUGGCUGGAAAAGUAAAUGAAGGCCAGAAGAACAAGAUUUUGGAGGAAAUGGAAAAAUCCAACGCCAACAACUUCCUAAUCCUCUUUCGUGAUGCCGGGUGCCAGUUUCGAUCUGUUUAUACUUACUGUCCGGAGGCAGAGGAGAUUAACAAACUGACAGGCAUUGGACCACGCUCUAUCGCCAGAAAGAUGAUUGAUGGUCUCUACAAGUAUAACUCCGACCGCAAGCAGUUCAGCAACAUACCUGCUAAAACCUUGUCAGCCAGUGUGGAUGCUGUGACCAUUCACAGCCACCUGUGGCAAGCUAAGAGACCUGUAACCCCCAAAAAACUCUUAUCCCCCAAGGCAUAGCUGGGCCUACUGAGGAUCAGCUAACUUGCUCUUGAAAUUAAGCAGUUCUUUGUUGCCAAUGAGACAUUUAGAGCUUGAAACUAGACAAUUAAACUGCUGUCUGUACACACAACUGGAAUGUAGGACAAUAACUACCAGGGCUUAUAUUAUGAGGGUGGGUACGGAGAAGGGAUGGGGAUGGGACUGGUUAUUUAUCACAAGUCUUUCUGUUCUUGUGACUGGGAUGGGUUGUUGUGUUUACCUGAAUUCUAGGGACACAAGCAUUUUUGACACUUAAGCACUGAUAUUUGUCCAUCUGUAAUGAGUGGAAUGACUUGACAUCUCUUGCCUUAUGUAUUCUUUUUUUAUUCUGCAUUUGCGUACAUAUGUGAUGUUGAGUAAAUAUUGAGGGUGGAAGGUUUGUUAUUGUGGGGAAGAACAAUAUUAAGUGUCUUGCUGCCAUGGGGACCAGAAACUUAUGGCCUGGCAUACUUCUUUAAAGCUUUUUUUGGCUCUAAUAUAAUGACUAGGAGCAGCAGGCCAGCUUACCUCAGUAUGUACAAAGCCAGUAAGAGUGUGAUUGAAAGAAUCCUUCACAGAGAAUUAUUUUUUUUAGUUUUAUGAAAGAGCUUAAGAAGUUAUUCAGGGAAUAAUGUAAGCACUGAAGUUCCCAUGAGUCUGACAUUCCCAGAAUGCAAAGUGUGAUUGUGCAGUUAAUAGGUUAUUCAUUACUAAUUUAUGCUUGGCCUAUAAUUAUUAUUACUUUACAUUAUUGAUUUAGAAACCUCAUGAUGGACAGUUACUGUAGUGGGGUAUUUUCAACUUGAUAUCAAAGAAACAUUUGUAAUGUUAUAUUAUUCUAUUGGGUAGCAAACGUCUUAAUGGUUUUCUGCUGUCACUCUACUGUUUGUUACAUGGUUGGCUUUGGUUAAACUUUAAUCGAACCCAGCAAUAUCGUGGUGGAACGCUGAAUUCAUUCCAAUGAAAAAUAUUAGCAUCAGUGUUAAAGCAAAAGGAAUUCCUGCUAGCAGGUCAUAGAGUUCCAAUGGGUGUGCACUUUUUGUUUUGUUUUUUACAAAGGAAAGGAAAAGUAUGUUAAAUGUUGGUGCUUUCAUUGUUUUCUUUUAAAAGCUAAAUUGCUGUUUGUC